AUAACUUUGUAUAUUUUUUAUUGAAAUUAGGUGAUGUAUAAUGGUCUGCAAGUAUUAGAUAGAGUAAGACAUAGACAAUCCCAAGCGACCGUCCAAGGUGUGACGUGGAACUGUUCAUCAGAAUUUGAAGUAGACGCAAAUAAACCGAUAAGUUUUGUAAACGACGAUGCCUUCAUGGUUUUCCCUCGUUCGGUGGAAAAGUCAUUAAAGCUCCAGUUUGAAAUAAAAACGAUCCUAGAGCGAAGUUUGGUCUUUUAUAAUACAGGUCAAAAAGCGAGAUCGGAUCACUUCGCCAUCGAGCUGGACGAGGGUAAAAUCAAAGUGAUAUUAAAAUCUAACGGUACGAUCGUAGAAAACUGUAAUAGCGUUUACGUUUCGGAUGGGAAAUGGCACACAGUUUCCGUUCGCUUGACAACGACAACUAUCGAUCUGAGUGUCAGUUCAAAUUUAACAAAAUUUGAUAUACCACGUGGCGAAUUUGAGUUUGAUAAACACUUUUUCGAUAAACUAUUUUAUGUUGGGGGAUUGGAAAAUAGUAAAAAGUCGCGUGCCAAUUCCAAAGGGCUCAAAACUGUCAAUAAUACUUUUAAGGGUUGCCUCAAACAUAUUGCCUUUUCUGAAUACAAAAUUGGGUUACCGGACGUACUCGUUUCUUCUGGUUUACACACCGGGUGCGUGUGGGAGUACAAAUGCGUUCAUAAAUCUUGUACGGGAAAAAGUGUUUGCGUGCAAGAUGGUUUGGAUGGUUUUAAAUGCGUUUGCGACCGGAAAGACUGCAAAAUAUCCGGCGAAAGCAUUUAUACAAAACCUAAUUCCGCCGAUAAACUCGAAUUAUUAUCAAUUGAACCAUUAGAAGUACUUGAAGGUAAUAACACUUUAGUUACCACGCAAAAUUUACACGUCACACUUGAUUAUGAAAAAUAUGGCAUUCAAGAAAAAGGUAUUAAAUUCCAAAUUCUUCAGUCACCUUUAUACGGAACGAUAACGAAUAAUGCUUGGCUAGAAGAUGUGAAAUUAUUUACGCUCUCCGACGUAGCAAAAGAUAAAGUACAUUAUUUACAUGAUGGAUCUGAAGAUCGAAAAGAUUUUAUCGUUAUGGAAGUACAAUUUACGGCCGAUAAGUUUUUGUUACCCUCCUAUUUACAAGGAUCCUUUAAAUUCACGUUAAACGUGAAUGUUAUACCAACAAAUGAUCCACCUGUUUUAAACACACCGGCUACUUCCGUUUUGAGAAUAGCACAGGGAUCAAGAAAAGUGUUAGAUUCUAGUUUAUGGAAUGUAACAGAUCCAGACACAUCAAUAAAUCAACUAAUAUACAACACAAACCCAGUCGCUUUUGGACAUUUUGAAUACAUCGAUCGUUCUGGUUACCCAAUAACGUCUUUCAGCCAAAACGACUUGAACAAUUUUAAAGUGGUCUUCGUUGAUGAGUCGACGACGAAUGUAAACGAAUUUUAUUUAAACAUACAAGUUUCAGAUGGAAUCGAAACUAGUCCAGUCGGGCGAUUACGAGUUAUAACUUUUCCUCAAUAUUGGCGGUUACAAAACAACACCGGACUGAUUCUUCUUCACGAAUCGUUUGGUUUAUUAACGCCGUACAAUCUUAGCUUUGUGUCAAAUGUGCCGAAUACGACCGAAAAUGCGGAAUAUACGAUCGUGCAAAGUCCCCAAUUCGGUGAGAUUGAGGUUGAGAAAAAUGGGGGAAUUUGGGAGAUAUCGCGAGUUUUUAAUAGCGAAGAUUUACGGCAACACCGCGUUAGGUACCGCCAUAUGAAUUCGCUUCCGGAUUUCGAUGAGUUUCAAUUCCAAACGUCUUUGAAUAAAACCCAAAAGUAUUCGUUUCGGUUAAGCUUCGCCAAAUGUAAAUUAAUCAUGUUGAAAAAUGCUCAAGUGAAUUUAAAUUUAAGUAAAGAAGUUACAAUCGGUGUGAAUAAUCUUCAUUAUCAAACACAACCGGUUAAUUUACCGACGACAUCGAUAAAAUACGUGAUAAUCACGCCGCCGGUUUAUGGUUAUUUAUUUUGGGCUGUAUCCGAAUAUAAAAUGACAUAUCUCGAUACGUUUUCGCAAGAAGACGUGAUUUCUCAAAAUAUUAAAUAUAAAUUACAUCAGAGGCCUUACUCUGAGAUUUUAGAUCUAAUCACGUAUAGCGUUUUAACACCUGGAUGUAAAAAUGUAACGGGUAAUAUAACGAUAAGUUACGUGCCUCCCAAUGAUACCAUAAAUCACGUAAAAGUAUUGUUUAAAAGAUUGAAAGUUGAGGAAGGCGGACGCGUUGAUAUCGGAAUGGAUAGAUUAAGUGUUGAAAUAAAUUUUGUUACGGAUUUGGUGUUUAACGUAACAAAACCCCCCAAUCAUGGGUACUUACAAAUCACCAAACAGGGUAUUUUAGAUAGAAACAAAACUGAAUAUUUUACAUUAAAAGAAUUAAAAGAAAAUCAAUUAUCUUACGUUCAUGAUAAUUCCGAAACGAAAUACGAUAACUUUAAACUCAUGGUGUUGUCUUUAAGAAAAGACGAGGAUUUUCAAUACGUCGAAAAUUUUCAUAUCGAUGUUUCGCUCAAAAACGAUAACAGCCCCUUAAGGGCGUUUGAAAAAAAAUUUUACGUCGUCGAAAACGGCGAAAAAUUACUAACCAACGAAUACUUAUUAUACACCGAUAAAGACAUCGAUACCAAACCCUCCGACAUCGUUUACACCUGGCAAGAAAUACCCAACGGAGACAUUUGCAACGCACUCACAAAAGGAAAAAUAUCGAGAUUUACCCAAGAAGACCUAAACGCUAAGAACAUUCUUUUUAAACAUAAAGGCCACAAAUUCGGCCGAAUACAACUUUGGGUUACCGACGGGCAAAAUCACGUCAACGGAAUCUUGGAAGUCGAAGCUUUAGGCCCUUUCUUAUGGGUUUACACCCAUAAAAAAGUCAUCGUCAAACACGGAGGAAAAAGCUUAUUAAUGAAGGAUCACUUGAACUAUGCCACGAAUUUAUUUGCUGACGAUGGUGAUGUUGUUUAUGAAGUUACCAUUAAACCUAGAUAUGGAAGAUUAAUUUUUGGAGAAAAUAAUAAGGAAGUACUCCAUUUCACACAGUUACAAAUAAAUUCGGGAAAACUUCUCUACGUAAACGAUAUAACAUCACAAAACGCCGAUGAGAUAACAUUAAGAGUACGGUGUUUGGACGCAAUUAACACGACACAAAUUCGAAUUCAAAUGUUACCGGCGGGUUAUUGGGACCCGUUGGUAUUAAAAACGUCAAAUCAACUUGUAAUAGAAGAAAGUACGAGUGCGCCGAUUACAAAUAAAGUGUUAGAGAUUUAUCAAACGGAAGUUCCACCAUCUUCAAUCGUUUAUUACAUAGCUGAAUAUCCUUUGUAUGGUUAUAUAACAAUGUUGGCUUCGUUUAAAUUUGGUGAGGAAAAUACGAUCGUACGAUCGUUUACGCAAUCGGUAAUAAAUGAAGGUAGAUUGGUUUAUGUUCAAUCUGCGGCGAAUGAAACGCAAGAUCGGAUAUUAUUUAACGUUACAAACGGGAUGGUUUCGUUGUUAAACGUCGUUUUAGAUAUACAAAUUAUUCCCGAUCGGAUUUAUUUGGGAACGAACACUUUGAACGUUUCCGAAGGCGGUUUAUCAAUCAUUUCAAUCGCUCACUUAUUCGUUUUGACCGAUUAUUACAAAUCGAAGAUUUCCGAGUAUGUUUUAUUAGAAUUACCGAAGUAUGGAUGUAUUUUAGUACGCAGAAGUUGUACCAAGUGGAAAAAGUUUACUAAUAAAGACCUCAAAUCGGGUUUGGUGUCUUAUAAACAUGAUGAUUCAGAGAAUCUUUUAGACGAAAUCAAAGUUUCUGCAAUUUCCGGAGGAAAACGCAGCGAAACCGUGACUUUACCGAUCGUUAUUUUACCCAAGAACGAUCAAAAGCCUAUCGUUGUUAAUAAUACCGGCUUAACUAUGUGGGAAGGAGGCGUUGCUGUUAUUACAAACACAUUUUUAGCUGCUGAAGAUGCUGAUAGGCCGCUGGAAGUGUUAAAAUAUCAAGUUUUGGGGUGUUGGUGGGGUAACGUUUCUUUAAUUUCCCAACCUGAUAUUUCUUUGCAAUAUUUUACACAAGAAUUAAUUAAUAUGAACAUGAUUGUUUUUCGGCAUUUAAAUGGUUCAGAAGCAAAAUUUACGUUUAAUGUAACGGAUGGUUUACAUAGUACAAAAGAGUAUACGUUUUAUAUAAAAACAAAGCAGGUUCGAUUAAAAGUCAAAACAAAACCGCUUCAUAUUUUCCCGUUUCAAAAAAAAUACAUCACCCCAAGUUACAUACUUUCAACAAUUUCCGAUGAAUCCCGAAUGAUUUAUUAUGAGAUAACCACAGCUCCGCGAUUAGGGAGGUUAGUGAUGGAAACGGAACAUAGCGUCUUAAUGGUUAGUAAUUUUACUCAAAGCGACUUAAAUUCAACGAGAAUUUAUUAUGAGCAAACUUUAACUUCGCCGAAAUUGUAUUCAGAAGACUCAUUUACGUUUAAUGUAAAAAGUCAUUUGGCGGAGACUUUAUAUAACGAGAGAUUAUCGAUAGAUAUAUCAGUAUCAUCUGGCGGUUUAGAUGCGUACGUUGAAAUACCAAGAAAUCUCUCAAUAGAUGAAGGCGGAAUGACGCCAAUCAUUCUUAAUUUAUCGGACGUAGCUAAAUUUUUGGAAAACCACGCAAACGAGCAAUCACCCAACAUUUACGGUUUAGUGAUGUGCCCGCAACACGGACAAAUAUAUUUGAAAGAUAACAAAAAUGUCACAACGAAUUUUACCCGUAAUCAAUUAGAAACCGGACAAGUUGUUUACGUGCAUGAUCAUUCAGAUUCUUUGGGCGAUAACAUUUAUUUUUCAUUUUUUUUAUUACCCAAACAUAUAAUGUUAUGUAACGUAACCGUUCCGAUAAAAAUAAAUCCAAAAAACGAUCAAGUUUUUCAUCUGGUAACUGGCGCUCCGAGAUUUUCAGUUGUUCAAGGUCACAAUCAUACCAUUUCGCGACACGAGCUCUAUACAGAAGAUCUUGACACCUCCGCAAACGAACUUAAAUACGAAAUCGUAACGGAACCGCGAGAAGGACUGAUUUUAUUAUUACCAGAAAUUAUCGUUGUUAACGUCUUUACCCAAGAAGAUAUAAACCACGAUAAAGUUGUUUAUGUCCAUAACGGAAAUGGUUUAUCAGACACGAUUCAUUUUCGCGUUAGCGAUGGAUAUUUUCAACCAACGUACGCCGCUUUAAACAUUCAAAUCAUACCGGUUUAUUUAAACGCGACAUCCGGUGUCCCGAUUUUUAUGCAACAAGUUUCAAGUGUGGUUCAUUUAACUGAAAACCAAUUUAUUAUUGAUACAAACGCGGAUAAACGCAACGUUAAAUUUUAUUUGAGGAGUUUUCCCCGACACGGUGGUAUUUAUCUAAGAGACAUCAACACCACCAGUUUUGAGUACGAAGAUGUGUUAAACAGAAACGUUAUGUAUAUGCAGUUUGAUAUGACUGCAGCAAACGAUAGUUUUGAUAUAUACGUUGGAAUUUCAAACAGGAACAUUUCCGAGGGAAAAACUGUUACGGUUAAAGUCAUUAUUCAACCGUUAAUGCAAAUAGGAAAUUUCACAGCUUUAACUGGCAUGAAAACGAGGUUAACGUUAAAAGUUUUGGACGCAACGCCGUUGGCCAAAAUGACAAACACCAACCCCAGCUACAAAAUAAUAACUAAACCCAAAUAUGGCGAAAUUAGGAAAAUUAUUCGGAGCUCGGGCGAGCAUCGAAACACCUUUGACACCGUCGUUAAUGGCUUUACACACGCUGAGCUACAAAGCGGAUAUAUUUAUUACGUCUUAAAAAACAUCGAAGUUGGUUGGAAUGGAAUUCAGGAUAAAAUUGAAUUCACUUUGGGAGCGGGAAUUUUUCAACCAGCCGUAGGUGAACUUAAAAUCAAUAUACGAUCAUCAGCCAGUAAUGAUAUUGUAGCUACUAGACCAGGACCUGAAGAUCCAGCCGGUCAUGAAGGCGAUUACAACUCUAGUGUUACAAGAGAUUAUUUUUUUAUUGUUAGUAUGAUCGCUGGUGUUGUACUUUUGGGAAUUUUAAUUGUAAUCGUGGUAAAAUGUAGAUCGAUGGAUUCUGAACCUUUGAACAAAGAAGAACAAUGUUUGCAGCCGAUUCCAUUGCCUCGUCCUCCAGAUCGUUUGAUGGCUGCGUCUCCGCCGCUUAAAGAUGGUUUUUCUUCGCCACUUUUGACAGCUUUGCCACAGUGUAAAGUGACGCCAAUUAAUCGGAAUGACGUGGAUAUUCACGGAAGGUAUCCGUAUGGUGUUGAUGAACCUGGUGAUGAAUGGAGCAGUUGUGAUGCUUCCGAUCCCGCUUGUCCCAGUAGAAACAUCAUGCUGCGUAGAAACCAGUAUUGGGUCUAAACAAAGCUUGUUUAUUUGAAAAAUUGACUGAGAUGAUGUUUAAAUUGUUUUAAGCUCUUCUUCUUGAAAAUUCUUAUAGGAAUGAUUGGAUUUUGCAGGAGAGAUAACAAGAUUUUUUUGUUCGCAAUUUAUUUUUUUUAUUACAUUUUGUACUAAACCAGUUUUUGAAUUGUGAAGGGGUUUUUAUAUCAAACAACCGAGAAAAAAAAACGGUUUUUUAAAAAAAGAUAUUCAAAACAGUUUGGGUUGAAUAUCUUUGUUGAGGUGCCGUAUCUUAUAUCAUAACGUUUAAAUAUUAGCGAUUUUUUAUUCCAAAAGUAUUUUAUAUACGAAUUUUUGAUAGGGUAAUAGUUUGUAUCUAUUUUGGAUAGAGAUGAGAAUUGUUGAUAUAAACGGAGAUUCUUUAGCUGUUUUUAUAUUGUGUGUUUCGGAUAAAUAAAAGUACGCUACUGUAAAAAUAA